AUUAAAAUAGACAUUUCUUUUGCUUGCAGCUGGUUUCGUUGUUUAUUUUUACAGCCCAGAAAUAGGAUAAACGAAGGAGAUCUUCGAUUUUCCCAGAUUUUCCAUCUACAUUACAUGAAGCCUGGGUGAUCUAUAAAGUUAUUGUAUAGCAGGUAAGUUAGAGUGCGAAUCUCUGACAAAAUGACAGGCAAUAAGAAUAAACACAAGUACAUGGGAGGCAAAGGUAUUGGACUGAACAAGUCCAAGAAAAACAAUAAACCUAAGAUGUCAAUGCGACGUCGUCCACCUGUAAAUAGAAGGUUGCGUGAUGACAAUAGGAGGCACUACUCCCCAGAAAGAAGACGGUAUACCGAAAGGUUCUAUCGUCGUUCUCGUUCUGGCUCACGUCCACGUUCAAACAACACUUUCUGUGAUUACAACGGUGGUAAUGAAAGUACUUUUGUACCAGCAACUGAAUACAACCGAGAACCAGAGAUUCAACAAUUCAACAACCAUCACAACCAUUUCUCUCCGCCCCCUAGAACCGAUCAAUCAUCGCAUUACUCUGAGGAAGUCGGCUAUGUUCACCAAGACGUUCACCGGAACUUCGUUUUGAGCCACCGCCCACCGAUCUAAUUAGAAGCGAGGAAGAAAGAUGGUCAGAAAGAGAAGAUUUUAGGAAUCAGGACGUCCCGGAGAGUACAGAUUUUCGGAAUAGAUCUCCACCGAAAGCAUGCACACCCAUUCCGAAUUUCGUGUCCCCGGAGGAAGGUCAUCCGAUGGUGCCGUCUUUUAACGGUGAGGAUACCAAUUUGACAUCGAGACAGUGGGUGAAAAUCGUGGAAGAAAUUGGCCAGGCGGAGAACUGGAACUGCCAGGACAAGCGAUUCCAGAUGAUCUCGAAGUUUGUGGGAACUCCGAAAGAAUGGCUGCUGAAGCAAGAUUGUUUUGGUGAAAACUGGAACCGCUUGAAGAGGACGUUUGUACGAGCUUUUCCCUCCGACAUGGAUUACCAUAAUUUACUUAAACGAAUGGUCAUACGUACGAAGACGGACAGCGAGACGUAUAGCAACUACUUCACGUUUAAAACGAUGCUGUUGAAGAGCUGCAACAUUACCGGUCGAAAAGCCAUUUCUUGUUUAAUAGGAGGAUUCAUGGACGAGGACUUGAAGAAUCUUGCGUACGAUCAAAAUUUUGAGACGGCAGAGGCGCUUUAUAGUUUCCUAAUGAAACAAGAGCAAUUCAAAAAGUCAAGACCAAAACCACCGGAAGAGCUGAUUGCUAACUUUUCGAAGGUGUGCUACGGCUGCAACAUGAACGGGCAUUUGUUCGAGGAUUGUUCGGAUAAUCCUAAGAAUAAAGUCAGCGGACACGUGAUGAUCAACCCCAAGAAUUUUGUGGAUGUAUGGAUAAAUGGAUAUUCGGUGCAGGCAUACAACGAUAUAAGUAGCCAUUUCGUGAUGAUUCGCGAGGACCAGGCGAAGUCUAUGAACAUCAACUACAAGUACAAUACGAAAAUGAUAUGUGGAUAUAAAGGAAAUCCGGUGACGACAUUGGGAGAGGUCAGUAUCGCCAUUCGCGUGAACGCUGUGACGGUGAAUAUCGAUGCUUUCAUCGUGCCGAGCAGUGCAGAAGAUUUCGGCGUGAUCUUGGGGGAUAAUCUGAGGAAUCAUCCAGACAUUUGCUACGAGGAGAAUCCAAAUUCCAUUUCAUUCAGUUCAGCUGUGAUCACGCACACGGAACGCUCUUCAUUUUCAAUGAACGAAGAGCUCAUGAAGAAUAUUAAUGACAUGAAUGGUUCGAGCAAAGGAGUACAACGGAAUCGCCAUCAUCGAGGAAAACCCGAGAAGCACGAGAGGCAACAGCAAAGCCAAUUUGAGCCACCGUUUGGCUCAUCCAGUACGAGUAGACAUUAUAGAUAUAACUAAGGCAAUCGGAUUGUUCUACGAACAAACUUAAUAUACGUAACUGACGUGUAAGUUUACAUAUUAUUGCGUUAUCAUUAAAAAGAAAAUAACACAAAAAAAGUGUAUUUAA